AUGCUCCAUGCCAGCGACGGGGGAAGCGAACAAUCCGGAUCUGUUUGGACGAGAGCAGGCUGCAAGAACAGCUACAAGAAAACUACAGAUGUUGGCACCAAGCAUUCGCAUGCGUGUUUUCACGACUGUCGGAAGUGGUGCUACUUGCUAGGUCAAGCUGUGUGGGGCUCCUCAGGCGGUGUUGGGCCGUGCUUUGCUGUGCUCAUCGGGGGAGUUUUGAUGGUGACCGUCGUUCUUGCACUCACGCUGGCUUUCACGGGGAUGGCGAUUGGAUACGAUUUUGAACAAACAACAAUACCAUCUCCUAUAAUUCCACCUUCAUGGGACGAGAAGCACAAGGAACUACCAGAGGCAGGAACAGCGCAGCUGUUUAGAAGUACCGCCUCUCCGUCGCAUAAGAAACAUAGACAUACAGAAGAAACAAACGGCGAAAACGACCAGAAAAGAAGUGUUGCUUUCAAAAACUACAUUCCCGCCGCAUCAACGGCUAGAAGAUUCAGCUUUCUCGAGCCACGGUUUUUAUUGAGUUUCACGCAUCGCAGGAAUUUCACGGUAGCAAAUGAAAGUAACGAAAAAACUAAGCGAGGCGCAAGCGAAGGGCACCAGCCGUCGUUCGUUCCCUCCCAGGACGUGGUGGCUGCUCUCGAUGGAGCAAGCACUAGUACCGCGUUGUCGCGCUCGAUGACUGAUGCUGAUACAGCAACUUUCGACGGGAGUGAUGAUGCUACUAUUACAAGCUUCUCAGAUGAACAGCGCGAAGGAACAAGGGAUGAGGACGAGAAACUGCUGGACCGGCUCUUGAACGAAACCAUCCUGAACAUCACCGGCCCCCUAUUGUCUGCCAUGUCUUCGCGACGCAGCACCAUGCAUUCGUCAAGCAGUGGUCUACUUGGUACAGAUCUACCGACGUCGUCAGGGGGAUCAGCCGACGCAGAGGUGGACGCAGAACAAAAAAGUGGUGCUACAGGACCGAGCACCAGAGUAGUUGGUACUCCUGGCCUGCCAGUAGGCAACUUCUCGCACGCGGCAGCUCCAUCGGUUUUUCUUUACAAUCACGAUGACGACGGGACAAGCGGGAAUAGGACUAGUGGUCCGUCUGGUGUGGAUUCAUCUGCAACUUUCGCAACCGCUAUGUCCCGGCUGUCCUCCUCAUUCAGGACGGGAGCUACUACUUCAUCUGGUUCUAAUCCUUUCUUGGGUGCAGCAAACGCGACCACUGACCAGGAAAAAGAACAACGAGGACGAUCCUCCUCUUUGUCAUUGCUGAACAAUAGCGCCGCGAUCGAGGACGGGAACGGGAUCAUGGGGAACGACGGCGAGAGGAAUCGAACUGCUGAAGAGGCAGAGGAAGACGGGCGGGAGACGAACGCAGCUGCAGAUCAGCAAUUGCAAGAAAUAGAUCGCAACGAAGAGGAUCAUCAAAUGUCCUUAGCGGAGCAGUGCCAGUCUGCAGUUCUCCAGGUGCUGGCUCACGGGGUGUUUGCGAUGCACGACCUGGAACAAAUCGUACACGAUCCCGAGUGCCGGGCCACGGUGGUGCAGUUUUGUAAAGAAAACGUUUUCUACCCUGGUGUAAAGUACGACAUCUACAACUGCCUGCGGAAAUCCAGAAUGUACAAAAUCACACCCAUGUGAGGUGGGCAGGGUCUUUCUUGAUGUGUUAGUAAACGACUUCUUAUGUUGUUUAUUCAUUUUUCUGAAUACUUGAAAAAGGUAGGUUUCACGACACGUUUCAGUAAAGCACUAUUCAAAUAAAACUUUUAUUUCUGUUGUUUGCGAAACUCACAGAACGAAAAAAUGCACCCUGUCAACAGUGAGUAUGGCGGCUCGCCUCCAUCACGAAGGAAAAACUCUCGAGCAAUUUAGGGAAAACAUAUCUCUUCAAGUGCGAGACAGAAACACACGCGGAGUUUUCUAAGUGAUACUUAAUUACCCCUACGACGGCGGGUGAAAUUCAGGCGUCGCAAUACUUUUAAAGGACUUUCAAAAAACUUUGAAAAUUUCAAACUUUCUUGGU